AGCAUGAGUCCUUUAACGUUUGAAUCGACAAUUAUAUAUAAAUAUUAAAUUAAAUAAAAAUAAAACAAGACUGAAAGACAACGUGGACGCAGCCAAUCAGAAUCCGAGUCUGUGUGUAACCGUAGAAACGUCCGGAAAUGUGGCGUACAUGCUGCUGCCGGAGAGAGCACGAGACCGACUUAUUAUUAAGAAGAAAAGACCUGGAGAAAACCAGACCAGACUGCUGCAGCCAGCUGUGGAUCUCAAAGAAAGAAAGAAAAUGAAGAGGAAGAAGACAGAGAUGACACCUGAGAAAUCUGAGGCUUGUGAAGCUGUGAGUGGGGUCAAGAAAAAGAAGAAGGUGAAAAAGGAGAAAGAUGUCCCUGUGGACACUACAGAAUCUGCUGAUCUUACGGAGAGCUGUACGAAGGAACAGCAUAAUGGCAAAAAGGGAAAAGCGCACAAAAACAAGCAACCUGUAAUACCAGAAAAGGACGAAGUGGAAGAAGAGGAAGGCAUGGAGGAGGAUGAGGAGGAGCUGAGCCCAGAGGAACGACGAGUGCUGGAGAGGAAGCUAAAGAAGAUUAGGAAGAAGGAGGAGAAGAAGAAGCAGAAGGAGCUAGGAAAGUCUGAGAAGGAGGAGAUCAAAAGCAGCAUUGCGCAGACGCAGGCUCUGGAGUAUCUGACCUGCUGGUCCGAGAAGCGGGACGAGUGGAAGUUCCAGAAGACGAGGCAGGUGUGGCUCCUGCAGCACAUGUACGACAGUGAGAAGGUGCCGGAUGCUCAUUUCUCACUUCUCUUAUCAUAUCUGGAAGGACUGCGAGGCGUGGCUCGGGAGACCACUGUGCAGAAAGCAGAGGCUUUGGUCAGAUUUGGGGUGGGUCCAGAAGGAGAAGAGGGAGGGGCUAUGGAAGCACAGAGGAAGACACAACGAGCAAGAGAGGUCAUUCAGAUUCUUUCUUGAGGAUGCAGGAAAAAAGGACAAAAACUCUCUUCUCUCAUCACCUCUCAUCACCCUUUAUCUCUCACUGUCUGUUUUCUCCACACCGACAUGUCUGAUAUAUGUCCAUGCGAUGAACUGAAUCAGUGGACUGAAGACUCCUCUGUGUGUUUAAGCCUGUAAAUAUGAUGACAGAAAAAUGCGUUUUUUAAAUAAAGAUAUUUGCAUUUCUAUUGUCCAGUUUUUCAACGUAACUGGGUAAUUAUUCUCACUUUACUUCAUUAUCACAUGCAGUAAUUGUGAAUGUUUUGUCUCAGGUAACCAUUUAAAAGAACUUUCAUUAUGUAAUAAAUCAUUUUAUACCACAGUGCUUUUGAACUCUUGGUUCUGAUUGGUCCAGCCUGUGUAACCAAAACCGCUCUUGAAAAAAUAUGACUAAAAUUCAACCCAUGAAUGUCUA